AUGGCGGGGCGUCUUAUUGGUCUAUUGGCGCUGUUCGUGCUGCUCGCCGCAGGCGCGCACGGGUCCGCGCUUGGUGACUUUGGGACGGCGAUCAGCGGCAAGCUGAACAACCUGACGCAUAACCUCCUAUCUUACCCUGUUGCGCCCCACCACCUGCAGCAGGCGCAGGCUGACCUGGCGACAAUUAACAAGCUCCAGAGCGCCGUGCUGCUCUCCUGGCUCAAGGAGUCGGGCGCCUACGCCCUCCUCAACGCCACGCUUUCGCCUGCCGCCGGCAUUGUUGACUACGUGCAGCAGGAAACGGAGAAACCCUACCUCUACACGCUCGCCGCGCUGGCGACGCUCAACUCCACCAUCAACAGCGCAGAUUCGCUGAGGGCCGCGGUCACCCUCGAUUGGCUGCAGCAGACGGGCCUGCUCGGGGCGCUCUCCACGGCGCAGAACGCGACCGGCCUGCCGCUGGUCCGCCUCAUCGCCGGCCGCGACGCCGCCGCAGCGCCCGCCGCGGCGCUCGAGUCCGGCGCCGUGCCGAAGCAGCUGACCAAGCCGCGCGUGCCGUACCUGCCGGGCCUGCAGGCGCUGCAGAACGCGACCCAGAGCGGCGUCGACCGGCUGAAGAGCCUGGUGCUGCUGUCGUGGCUCAAGGAGAGCGGCGCCUACGGCCACCUGCAGGUGAUCAACAACGCCACCGCCGCCGCGCACGGCGCGAUCGCCGCGGCCGCGGACGCGGCGCACCUUGUGGCGGCGACGCAGGCGCUGCAGCAGACCAAGCGGCAGGUGGACGGUCAGAUCAGCGCGGCCGAAAGCGUCGUCGCCAACGCGACCGCGCAGGUCGCGCAGCUGAAGCAGUCGCUCGGCGACCAGGUGCACGGCCGCGUCUCGGAGAAGACCAAGGCGGCGACCGCCGCGGUCGACGCGAGGAUCGCGGCCGCCCACGCGGCGCUGGCUGAGGCGCUGUCGCAGGCGCGGGCGCUGAGCGACGCGAAGCUGGCGGAAGCUGCCGCGGCCAAGGGCGGCCUGCAGCAGGUCGCUGUCGGCGUGGUGGCCGGCGUGCAGCAGCAGCUGGGCAAGGUGGAGGCGGCGCUGCAGGACGCGCAGAAGCAGGCGCACCAGCUGCACCGCUCGCUGCCGGCAGCUGCAAAGAAGCUGCCCAAGACGGCGGCGGCGGCCGGGGGCGCGGGCAGUGUGUAA